AUAGUUCCGCCUACUGAUGUGAAUCAAGUCAUGAUGCACAUCCUCAUGAAAAUAAGAAGGUGGAUAACCAUUGCAAGCCUGGAAGGCAUUAAUAUCCUUUUAUUUGUUAAUCAUUCUGCUAAGACUCAUUUCAUUCAUUCAAUUAUCAAACCUUCAUUCAAUUUUCAAGUUAAUCCUGCUGUUCAUGCUGGAAGUUCAUGGUCCAUCCACUGUUUCAAUUUAAUUUGUUUUAAAUUUUAAGUCCUGCCUACUCUUAAUUUUGCUUUCUGAAAUGCAUGAAAAGAACAUGGUAAUGAGCAUGAAUGCUUCUGACACUUAGGUAUCUGAAACAAUGCAUCUUCAUGCGUUUCAUCUAUUUCACACCUGAAACAUAAAUGUGAAAUGUGAUUGCCUAAUGCAGUCCAGGUGUCCCUCAUUUGAGCCUAGAUAUCAUUGUCACUUCUUGAAUUAUGUGAGCAUACAUUCACAUAAUUAUGCAUAGUGAUUUUAGGUGCUCUAUUUUGAUUUGCCAACUGCUCUUUGAAGAUAGGUACCUAAUCUCUUUAAGGAAAGUUUUUUUUUUGCUGAAGGUGCUCCUGCUCUCAUUUAGAACAAUGGGCAAUUACACUUUUUAAAUGAAUAAAAGCUAGCAGGUACCUACCUACUAGAAAGUGAUUUACAGAGUGAGAUUAGGCAUUGUAAAUGCAAUGAAGUCAUUGUUGGUGAGUUGCGAGGUGAAUUAAAAUAGCUGACAUUUUCAUCAGUAGCUGUGAAUUGUGGCAAUGCCCAGGUCACUGACCAUUGACAUUAAAAAAAGAUGCAGUGAUAUCAGUGAUGUCAGAUCAGCUAUGUUAAUUGGUUCUCUAGCUGCACUUGUGCCUUGCCUUCUGUUCUCAGUCCUUGCUCCUACAUCAAGACAAAGACUCCUGGCCAACCACCAUGCCCAGGACAAGCUGUGCUCAAGCCAAGAUCCUGUCCUCUCUCCUGUGGAUUCCUGAUCAGAGAAGAAAUGGAUUCAGAUAUAAUCUAUCCCACAACCUAACCUAACCAUGUCGAAGAUCGGAAUCAACGGAUUCGGCCGCAUCGGCCGCCUGGUGGUGCGGGCCGCCCUCGAGAAGGGAGCCGAGGUCGUGGCCGUCAACGACCCGUUCAUCAACCUGGAGUACAUGGUGUACAUGUUCAAGUAUGACUCGACCCACGGCCGCUACAAGGGCGAGGUCAAGGCUGAGGAUGGCUGCCUGGUCAUUGACGGCAAGAAGAUCACCGUCUUCAACGAGAUGAAGCCUAACAACAUUCCGUGGUCGAAGGCGGGCGCCGAGUACAUCGUCGAGUCCACCGGCGUGUUCACCACCAUCGAGAAGGCCAGCGCUCACUUCGACGGCGGGGCCAAGAAGGUGGUCAUCUCGGCGCCCUCGGCCGAUGCGCCCAUGUUCGUCUGCGGCGUCAACCUGGACGCCUACUCGCCCGACAUGAAGGUGGUCUCGAACGCCUCUUGCACCACCAACUGCCUGGCGCCGGUGGCCAAGGUGAUCCACGACAACUUCACCAUCGUGGAGGGCCUGAUGACCACCGUGCACGCCACCACGGCCACCCAGAAGACGGUGGACGGCCCGAGCGGCAAGAACUGGCGCGACGGCCGCGGCGCCGGCCAGAACAUCAUCCCCGCCUCGACCGGCGCCGCCAAGGCCGUCGGCAAGGUGAUCCCCGACCUGAACGGCAAGCUGACCGGCAUGGCGUUCCGCGUGCCCACCCCGGACGUGUCCGUGGUGGAUCUCACCUGCCGGCUAGCCAAGCCCGCCCCCAUGGAGGAGAUCAAGAAGAAGAUCCAGGAGGCCGCCAACGGCCCCAUGCAGGGCAUCCUCGGCUACACCGACGAGCAGGUGGUGUCCAACGACUUCCUCACAGACUCCCGCUCCAGCAUCUUCGACGCUGGCGCCUGCAUCCAGCUCAACGACACCUUCGUCAAGCUGGUCUCCUGGUACGACAACGAGUACGGCUACUCUCACCGUGUCGUCGACCUGAUCAAGUUCAUGCAGUCUAAGCAGUAAGCUGCCGCCGCGGCCUGCUCUGCUGCGUGCUCCAGCGGUCGGUCGGGCGGCCCGGCGGGCGGCUGAGGGCGGUCCGAGGGCACCCUGUCCCCCGUCCCUGCCCCCGCCCGGCCCCGGGCGCCAGUCACAGUCAUCUCCGUGUCCGCACUCUAUCCUGGCGCGCGCCGCGCCGUAGUCCGCUGGCCGGCGCCGCCUCUCUCCCUCUCUCCUCCUCUCCGUCUGUCAGUCUCUCUGUCUUUGUCUCUCUCCUCGGCUCUCCUCAGGUGUAGCGCCGCUGUCUCGGCCGUCUGUGGACGGCGGCUGCCCAGCAGCUUACUGCCGCCCGCGGACGGGCUAGUCGUUAUCGAAUCGUGAUGUUGAAUUCUCCGGAAUAAAACAAUGAAAUGUG